UUCUUCUGAAGGUGCAACUUUUCGCCAACAGAUGACGUUUCUUUUACGUGCUCAUAAACAUGAUUGUUGACUUUCUAUUACUUCCAUCUUCAUCAAUUACGUUACAUUUAACUUAUUUAAGAUGAAACUUGUGAGCAGAUAUAUAGAAAGAGACGGCACAGGACGAGUCGCUCUCAUCCCCGAGAAUCCUGAGGAUAUGUGGCAUGCAUACAACCUUAUAUCUCACGGAGACACUGUUAGAGCUUCAACAAUCAGAAAAGUUCAAACUGAAUCGGCAACAGGCUCAUCUAGUAGCAGAGUCCGGACCAUGCUUACAAUUGAAGUUGAAACCAUUGAUUUUGAUACUCAGGCUUGUGUAUUGCGGUUAAAAGGAAGAAAUGUAGAGGAAAAUCAAUAUGUCAAGAUGGGUGCAUAUCACACUGUUGACAUUGAGCCUAACAGAAAAUUCUCAUUAACCAAAGCCUGUUGGGAUGUUGUGGCUCUUGAACGCAUUGACAUGGCAUGUGAUCCAAGCCAGAAUGCAGAUGUUGCUGCAGUUAUAAUGCAAGAAGGUUUGGCCAAUGUCUGUCUUGUUACAGGAGCAAUGACCCUGGUGAGAGCUAAAAUUGAUGUAACCAUUCCCCGCAAGAGAAAAGGGAAUACAUCACAACAUGAAAAGGGCUUACAAAAAUUUUAUGACACCGUCUUGCAAGCUAUUCUCCGGCAUGUAAACUUCGAAGUUACGCGAUGCAUUUUGCUUGCAUCUCCAGGAUUCGUAAAAGAUCAUUUCUUUGAAUAUAUGAUGCAAUGGGCUUCUAAAAACGACAACCGUAUGCUUAUCGACAACAAAUCAAAAUUUCUUCUUAUUCACGCUUCGUCAGGAUUUAAACACUCUUUAAAAGAAGUUUUAGCUGAUCCUGCUGUAACAUCGCGUAUGGCCGAUACGAAAGCGAUGGCCGAAGUCAAAGCAUUGGAGAAUUUUUAUGCAGUUUUACAAACAGAGCCAAGCCGCGCCUUUUAUGGUCUCAAGCACGUCUUGAAGGCUAACGAAGGCCAAGCAAUUGAUACCCUUUUGGUGUCUGAUAAUCUCUUUAGGUCUCAAAGUGUAGAAGAACGUAAGACGUACGUUAAGCUGGUUGAAAGUGUUCGAGACAAUGGAGGCACCACGCGCAUUUUCUCCUCUCUUCAUGUAUCGGGUGAACAGUUGACGCAGCUAACCGGUGUGGCUGCGGUACUCAGGUUUCCAAUGCCCGAGCUGGAAGAAGAACCGUUAGACAGUGAUGAAGACUCAUAACAAAGAAACUAAAACGAGGAAUUCCUUGCCUUUUUCAAGUCCAGUUCAAAAAUAUUUCCUGCUGAACUUAAGUUGGAGGUGUAAAUAAAAUAAGGAAGUCACUGCUAA